AUGGACGAGGAACAGGAUCGUUUCCCGCUGCAUACCGCCGCUCGCGGAGGCCGAGUGGCCAGGGCCGAGGGACUAUUGGAGAGCGACCCGAAGCUAUCGAAGCGCAAAGAUGACGACGGCCGCUACCCGAUUCACUGGGCCGCCUCAUCCAACUGCUACGACAUUGUCGUCCUGCUCGCCAACCAGCCCGGCUUUGAGCCUGACGUCCAGGAUGAGAGUGGCUGGACGCCUCUCAUGAUCUCGGCUAGCGUCUCGGACAGCGAGCGUGUCCUCAAGGUACUCUUGCAAAAAGGCGCCGACGUCAACGAGAGAAACAGCAGCGGCCAGACUGCUCUUCACUUUGUGGCCUCGAAGAAGAACAUGGACGUUGCCCGCCUCCUCCUCGUCGACUCCAAGCCCCCGGCCUCGACCCGGGUCCGCGACCGCCGCGGUCAAUAUCCCAUCCACCGCGCCGCGGCCGUUGGCUCCGCUCCCAUGGUCAGCCUGCUGCUCAAGAACCGCAGCCCGCUCAACCCGGCCGACACCGAGGGUUACACGCCCCUGCACCACGCAAUCGCAGAGGGCCACGGAGAUGUUGCAGUCAUGCUGCUCAAGGAGGGUGCAGACCAUACCCUCAAGACCAGCGAGGGUGAGCUGGCGCUCGACCUGGCACCAGACAAAGAGGUACGCGGCUAUAUCAUGCAGGGAGCCGAGAGAGAAGGCAUCGACCUGUCCCUUUGA